GCCUGUGCCUGUGCUUGUGCUCACUUGUUUGGUCCAUCUUCCAACAGAGCAACCCUGUCCUUCUCUGAGAAAGUGAAGAACCAAAUCAGGCAAAAUGACGGAGAAAAGGAUGUCUAUGAGUCGGAAACACAACCUGAAGGGCAUGAUGCUCCAGGUUGCAAAAGAUCUCCUUGAGGCGGAAGCCAUUCAGAAAGUGGAGGAGAGGGAGCGGUACAUGGAGGAUAGCGUCCCACCCCUCGUAAUUCCACACAGCAAAGAUGAACUGCAGGAGCUGUGCCGAGAGCUGCAAACCAAGAUAGACAUCAUUGAUGAGGAGAGAUACAUUUUAGAGCACACAGCAAAUCGAGUUGUCAAUGAGGUUAAGGACUUAAACAUCAAAAUCGUGGACCUAAAAGGAAAGUUUAAGAAGCCACCACUGAAGAAAGUACGUAUGUCUGCAGAUGCCAUGCUUCAGGCUCUGCUGGGCUCCAAGCACAAGGUGAACUUGGACCUGAGAGCCAACCUGAAACAGGUGAAGAAGGAGGUCAAGGAAGAGCCCGCAGAUGCUGGAGACUGGCGUAAGAACCUUGAGGACAAGGCUGGCAUGGGUGGCAGGAAGAAGAUGUUUGAGGGUGCUAAUUAAUAAUGUCCAUCGGGAUACUGAGAUGUCACAUCUCUACUCUGAUGAUUAGUUAUGUCAGUUAUGUCAAUGAGCUAAUCUCACACACUGCUUAAUGGCCUGUCUCUGGGUCCAUCAAACUGGUAUUUGUGAUUUGGUGUCAGCAUGUCAGUCUGUGCUACUGACCAUAAGUACUCUGGGUGUGGUUCUACAAGCUUCAGUUGAACCAUUGUCAUGCACAGUCUGUCUGUAAUUUGUUUACUUUUGUCUCUUACUUUCACUCAAGCAAAAUGUGUGAUGGAUUGUUUUCUAAAAUAAAAUACUUGGAGGAAAAAUAUUUGUGUGUG